UAUUAUAAUUCGCAUUAAAAAAUUUUUUUCUUCUUGUAAUCAGUACCUUAGUUAGGCUGAAACGCUUAUAUAGUUGGUUAAAAAUAUAGAGGUGACGCGCUUUAAAAAUCAAACUACUAGUUAAAGAUUCAGUGACGUUCCUUGUGCACUUUAAAUUUCAGCUCCAUGUUGUCAUUGCGGUCAAUAGUAUUGGUUGUACUCCUGCAAUCCGGUCGCUGGGCUUGCAACAGGCGAGUUGCUCCGGUGCUCCUCUGACGAUCCGUUUGCGUUUAGUGUAGGUUUUUUUUUUGCCUUGUAUUUUUUUUUAUUAAUUAAAGGGGCUUUAGAAAGCAAUUAGGGGAAAAAUGACUGGGGAAGAAGUCAAUGUGGUUAAAGAACAGCAGGAGCUUAAUCAGGAAACCAAGGAUCAGGAGCCAGAGAUUUCCUACAAAACCAUUGUGCUGACUGGUACUGGGGGUUAUGAUAAACUGAAGGUAGAAGUCAAGAAGGGUGCUCCAACUCUCAAAUCAGGUGAAAUUCUAGUCCGAGUGCAGGCUUGUGGUUUGAAUUUUUCCGAUUUGCUGAUCAGACAGGGUACGUUCAGUAAACACACAUCUCUGGGCAGUGAAUGCGCUGGUGUUGUUGAAGCGAUCGGGGACGAUGUGACCGAUAGAAAGGUUGGUGACAAGGUAAUUGUGCUGAAUGUUGAUGGAGGACUUUGGGCAGAGCUGGUGGCAACGAAGGUCAUUCAUACCUUCUUGAUGCCUGAUGGGAUGAGUUUUCAAGAUGCAGCUGCAAUCUCUGUCAAUUAUAUCGUUGCAUACAUGAUGAUCAAUGACUAUGCAAAUCUGCGUCCAAAUCAGAGCAUUCUCAUCCAUAUGGCAGCUGGUGGUGUAGGGAUUGCUGCAACACAGCUAUCGAAGCUAGUUAAAGAUGUGACAAUUUUUGGUACUGCCUCCACCUCUAAACAUGAAACUAUCAAAGAAAAUGGUGUGACUCACCCAAUUGAUUACAUCACCAUGGAUUAUGCUGAAGAAGUUCGCAAGAUUUCCCCCAAAGGUAUUGACAUUGUCCUGGAUCCACUGGGAGGAGCUGACAAUGCUAAAGGCUUUGGUUUGCUCAAACCAUUGGGAAAACUUAUCAUAUAUGGUGCUGCAAAUCUAGUGACUGCACCGAAGCGCAGUCCGCUGAUCGCGGCGAAGGUUUGGUGGCACAAGUUCAACAUUGAUGCCUUCCAGCUAAUGAACAGCAACAAAGCUGUAUGUGGCUUUCACCUGGGCCGCACAGACCCCGAGCAGGUUGCAGAAGUUGUUGGCAAGCUGAUUUUGCUGUACAAUGAAGGGAAAAUCAAACCUAAAGUGGACUCUGUAUGGUCAUUCGAGCAGAUUGGUGAUGCUAUGAAGCAUAUGCAGGAGCACAAGAACAUUGGAAAAAUCAUUCUGGUCCCUGAAGUCAAGACAACUGAUGCCACAACAACUGAUGCCACAACUGAAGCCAAAACAACUGAAAAUUAAGUGUUUCUAUAGGCAGGGGAUAACCUCAUGAAUUAGCUAAAGUUCCUAACAUUCAUUUCUUUUGACCUGAAGAUAGAUGUGAUAGUUUGGCUAAAGUAGGGAAGUGAUUCCUGACUGAUUUACUCCUAUAACCAGACUUGAGAGUUUGCUUGCUUGUGACACUGUUGUAAUGUUAGUAUUGUUCCCUUUAUAUUUUGCUACCCGCCACCCAUGAAGUCCUGUCAGAAGCCUGGUAAAUGCAUAGGAAAUUGACUUGCAGUAAACUGCAUGUUGUCCUUUUCAGACCACUGCUAUGAAUUGUCUUUGUGGCCUUCCAUGAAGUAACUAACUGAUUUAUGGUGUCUAACAAGCAGUUGGAGGCAAGGUCUUAGCUGUUUGCUGUGGACAGCAUGCUUUGGGUAAUGGUAAAAAUCCUUCAAACCACUUUUUAAUGGCUUCAUAUGGCUCUCCUCAAAUGGUGCACUUGAUGUAUUAUUUACAGCAGCCAUCCCUUCCUGCAGUUUAAUAUGAAACUUUUCCCCAACAAAUUUUGUAUAGAACCCUAAAACUGGGGAGAUACGGACUUCAUUCUCAGUUAGUAGUUUGAAUCCAUGGUUUAAGAAUUUCCAAAGGUGCCAAUUGAGACAAUUGUAGGGUUGUGUAAUGUUCACGGCCAGUUGAUUUGGCUUGACAGUUAAUUGAAUAGUAAAAUUCUGAGGCAUGUUAAGUUUCUGUACUAAAGGUAUCAUUGAGAAAAUGGAAGCCACUCAAUUCUAAAUGAGCUGCUUUCUCUUUGGGUUUCUACUGAAGCUAUUUGAGCUUUGUCAAUUAUAAUUUAAGGCAAUAUUCUGCUGUUUUUGAAAAAUAAUAGCUCCAAGUCCUACUCAGAACAAGGUAAAGCUCCCAACUCUUGCACAAUGGGGAUCUUCUUAAAUGAUCAAAUCAUAGAAUAUCUCCACUUUCCCAUAUAACCUUGCCAAAGGCAACUUUCCUGUGUGUUGGUCUAAUCUGGAAUAACAUCCAGGUUUAGUCUUUAGUUUGAUGCCAAGGGUUUUAAUCUGCUUCUGUGUUCAAAUGUAUGUGCAGUUAUAACUAACUUGCCAGGUUUAUACUCUAGUUUGGCAUGGCUACUGUUUAAAAUGGAUUCCACUUAUUUUCUCUAGCUAGAAAAUAUUAAACUAACACCCCUUUAUCCUUCUCCACCCCCCACCCACGCCUCAGCAGUAUAAGGCACACUGAGGGAAGCAUGGAGCCAUUGACUUGCACCCUCUAAUCUAGUUCCAUAUUUGCCAUCUGAGCUUCACUGUCAAAACCUUAAACCUACGAGUCCUAAAAGUGGAUCUAUUCUGAGAUGGUCUGACCACUUCUAUCUCUAUGCGUUGCCUCCUCAUGUAGGAGAAAAUGAUCUUUUGAAGCCAAAUACAAAUCUGCUGCAGGCACCCAGGAUUAACAUUUUUUUUUAAAAGAAUUAAUAAUGUAAGCCAAAGCUGAUGCACUGAAUUUGAUUCACUGAAACCAGUAUGAGUUAUUCCAUAUUCAAGUAGCUUUCCAGUUGCAGCAAAAUGUUGCAUGAUUUUAUGGGGCUGAAGUGCUGUCCAACUCGUAUACACCACCUCGAGCAUGAAGUGCUAUAGGUUUGCAGUAGUGCUAGCAACUUUACCUUGCUUUUGUGCUUCAAAAUGGAGUACCAUUUUAUUGCUGCACCAGAGCUGAUAACUUGUCUUAACUUUUGGGUAAAACAUAGAUGACAUCUGGACAUUAUAAGCUCCAUCUUCUGAAUAAAGUUGUAAGAUUUUCCACAGCUCCCAGCUGAUUUCACUUGAGCAUUCCUUAGUUCUACUAAGGACAAUUGGGUCUUAGUAACCAGGUCUGAUUUUUUGUGCUUUUGUUUGAGAUUCAGGUAUUCAUGUCUUGGGUUUUUUUUCCCCACUAAUGGUGCCAUAUAUCUGGGGCAACAAACCCAUGUAGUUCUGCCUAUCAAAUCGUAGUUGCCAGCCAAACCAGAAUACAAAACCAGUGCCUUGAAUUCUCAUUUUGUUAAAUUCUUUCUCCUUUCUCCUUGGAUAUUUCUGCAGAUAUUAAUUCAGAUUUCAAGAUGAAUGUCUGUUUUUAAAUAUGGAAAGUGAUUUUUUUUUUAAUAAAUUGGUUGUAGUGUUAGCCUCUUCCAGACAUGACUUGAGUUUGUGGUACUGGGAAGCCACGUGGCUGUGAAUAACACACAUGAGAGACAGAGGUGUGGAACAAACGUGCUGCUGUUUAUUUUGCUUGUACAUCUACCCAGAAUGCCCCCUCACAUUACGUUCAGUAUGUAACAAGGUGCAGACUUGAUGUGCUGAAUACAAUUUGCUUCCCUAAAUGCCUUGAACUCUUCAGAUGGAGUUGUGGGCCAUUGUCACUUGCAAGCUGAGGAAGUCCAAGCUGGCUAAAGGGGGAGGGGGGUGAAAAACAAGUUCAUUUUUCAGAUGUAGUGCUAUUCAUGAUGGCAGCCUCAGGCUAUUUGUGGUGUGCAUCUACUACAACUGAGAACAUGUAGCCUUCUACAGGUCCUGCAAAAUCUGUGACUCCUCUGCAAUGGUUCUUCAGGCCAUUCCCAUGGAUGCCAAGGAGCAAGUUGAGAAACAUUUCUCACUCGCUGACGAUGUGGACAUGCUUUGGCCUUUUCAUUGGUUACGUCGUGUCCUGGCCACCAGAAGUAGCAGUGUGCAGUUUCUUUCAUGUACACUACACCACAAUGCCUGCAUGUAGUUCAUCAAGCUGUGCUUUCUUAACGGUGGAGGAGUGACAACGCAGUGGCCCAAUUGUAAACAUGCUGCUUGAACAGUGAGCUCCUUCCAUCGAGCCUGCUAAGGUUUCAAUUCUAUGGUUGGCCCUCCUUUCCAUGUGAGUUACCAUGUCCAGCACUUGUGUAGAACAGAGUCAGUACAUGUGUGCUUCUGGAUGUGCCACAGUUAUCGGAGUUGUAGAUGCAUCCUUCAAGUAAAAGGCCUCUUUUGGGGAUGGCUAUGGAGCUGUAACAGCGAAGGGGAGUCUGGAUAGUCCAUCAGCAUUUGGAUGCUGCUCAGACCUCCUCUACCUUGUAUCAUACUGUUGUGCAGAUAGUGACAGAGCCCGACAUUGCAUUCGAUUAGCAGCCAGGGAAGGAAUGCCCAACAUGUGGACCAAAAAUUGACGUCACGGAGUGAUCUGUCAGUACUGUAAAUUGUCGAUCAAAGAGGAAUUGAUGGAAUUUGUUAACUCCAAAGACCAUUGCGAGUUCUUCCUGCUCAAUCUGGGCAUAGUGGCUUUCUGCCUUGCUUAAUAUCCUUGAUGUGAAAGCCAUUGGACGCUCUUCACCUGCAGGCAUGAUGUGUGAGGUAACUACCCCCACACCGUAGGGUGAUGAGUCACAGACCUACUGUAUGGGCAAUGACUGGUUGAAGUGUGUGAGUGCUUCAGAUUGUGACAAAACUAACUUGACCCUUUCUAGAAGCCUCUUCACGGUGGUCUGUCCCCUGCCAGUGUGUUGAUUUAUUAGAUGUCUAUGAUGUGCUUUCAGCAUGCUAGCUUGGUUAGGAACAAACUUUGCAUAGUAUGUUAGUAGUCUUAAGAAAGAUCUUAAUUGACUUGUGUGGUGAUGGAGUCUCCACUAUUUCCUUCCCCUUUGCCUUGUGAAGCCAUGGGCUGUUGAUCACACGGCCCAAAUAUUCAAUCGACGGUUCAAAGAACUCGUGCUUUUCCUUCUGGACCCUUAGUCCACAUUCCUUGAGUCUUUGUAGUGCAGCAUCCAAGUUUUGUAGGUGCUGGAGUUCAUUUUUCCCAGUAAGGAGCAAGUCAACCAAAUAGCAUUGUACCCCUGUCAACCCACUCAGGAUCUGGUCCAUUGCUCGCUGGAAAAGUGCAGGAGCCCAGGUGAUGCCAAACAAUCUCUUUUUAGGACAGGAACCACUGGAGUUGCUGAUUUACACACUGAUUCUAGUACUUAAUCUGGACCAGUCUUUUCCAAUUCAGUCGGUACCUUUUGGUUUGAGGCUGUCGGGAACAGAUCUGGUCUUAAGGCAUUUGGAUGUUGUGUUGGCAGUGACUCCUUUCAUACUGCCCAGUUCUCCGUUGAAUGCUUCUGUGUGUUCCUUCAAUACCUCUUGUAGACCAGCACUCCCACCAAUCAAGUGCACUUUGUGCCAGUUGAGUUUGAGUUGCUCCAACCAUGAGUGACCCAGAAACACUGGAAAACUACCUUUAACAAUGUACAGUGGAUGUUUCUGCUCAUUAAUCUCCACUGUAAUGUACCACUCCCCACACUGGAACAGCCUCACCAGUGAAAGCCUUUAAAGUCAACCUUGCCCCUUCUGGGGUGAGGCUGCAAUUUCUCCUCGUAAGCUGCCUCUGACACCAGUGAUACUGUAGCACCUGUGUCCACCUGCAUCCUCACUGUGGCCCCGUCCAACCGCAGGGUCACCCAAAAGACAUUGUGCCCUAAAACAGAUAAAAUAUGCAAAGCCUUUUCAACCACAGAGCGAGAGUCACUCAGUCCAUCCUCAGUAUGUUCCAUCUUGGUUACAAGUUACUCCUUGUUUUUCCAAAAGUCAGUUCUCUUUAUUAGUGUUUUUGGUUGACUGUCUUUUUACUUUUACAGGUGUGUUCAAUAUGUCAUUUUCUUUUUUUGCCACAGCUUUGGCAAUCUAAAUCCUUAUCCCAGCAUUCUUUGCUGAAUGCCCAGUUUUGCCACAAUGGCAAUAUUGUUUGCCAAUAGGUGUCAGUAGAAACUUUAUGAACUUGGGAAGAUGCGCUUAAUAGCUGUGCUUCUUUAGCUGCCAUCUCCACAGAUGUACUGACCUCAAUUGCCUUUGUAAUGUUAGUCUGUCUUCUGUAAGCAAACACUUCUGUGGUUUGCGUAGUGAGGCAAUUCAAUCUAUCAUAAAACAUGUCAUUCAGUGACUGCCCAAAAUCCGUGUUCUGACAAUUGCUUCAGCACCACCAUAAACUAUGAAAUAGACUUGCCUUCCUCUGAUUCCUUAUGAAAUCUAAACCUCAGUGAUGAUCAAAGGUUUAGGUGAAUUGUGGCCCUUUAACUAUGCCCUCAUAAGACUUACUGCCAGGCCUAGUAGGCCACAUGAGACUGCAUAAUAAAUUAAAAGCUUUCGCACCCAUCAGUCAGAAAUGUUGGAACACAAAUAUCUGAAAUUGGAUUUGCUGGUGCAGAAUAUUUAAAUCUUUCAGUAUAUGAACUCCAUUACUCUGUCAUUUUCAUCAUACAACCCCAUACUUCCAAACAUUUUUGGCAUUUUCAAACAAUCACGUUAACUUUUCUGGAACUAGUCUUAUCCAUCUUUCUUUCUUUCUCUCUCCCCCUCAUUUGUUUUGCUUUAAGUAUCCAGUUCCUUCACUUGCCGCACUCCCUGUGGCUGCUUUUUUUUCAUGUCUUUUCGCUUAGCCACAUUACACUGCCAGAGUUGCACACACUUUUCGUGCCAAAGGGAACAAAACAACAAAUAUCACACGAGGGCUUGUCACUUUUUGUCUCCAGUUGUUUUUGUGGUACUGGGAAGCUAUGUCACCAUGAAUAACCUACGAGAGACAGAAAUCUGUGGAACAAACGUGAUGGAGGGUGGCAACCUUUUGUGUGCAGUUCAAAUUCUUUUGUGCGCCAGUAGUAAAAGAUAUCCGCAUGCACACAUCUUGGAGGGAACAUUGAAAGGUGUUUGUCUAAAUUGUAUUCUGCUUAUAAUUUGGGCUACACUAAUGGUAACCAAACUCUUAAUCCAACAGUGCAAUGUGGAUUUCAAAAAUCCAUUGUGUUCUAUUCAUUUUAUUUUUUUUUUAAAAAACACAACUAAUCUACCUGUGGACUCAGAUACUUGUCUCUGUUUGGGAGAGGGGGAAAUAAAUUUGAAACAACAAAUGAAGUCCCUCGGUAUCUUUUGUCCCAUCUCGCUCUUGGCAGAGAUCUUUGAGAACACAAACUUCACUGGGGUUGUCUGUUGUCAUUGUGGCCACCUUUUUAGCCCUUCGAUGAUAUGGAAUGGAAAUUCUGUAGAAAAAUGGUUUAAAUCCUGAGAUUUUCUGUUGUCAAAUGUGAUCUGCAAGGUCUAAAAUCUUGCAUAAUAACUUGGGACCAAAGAGCUGAAAGAAUCUCAUUACCCAUGUGGACAAACAAUCCUUUGCCUUGUGUAUAAAUACCAAGUUAGAGUUGACGCAUGCACGUGAGCCAAAGAGGCAUCUUGUUUGCUGCCCCAUGGAACAGUUUUGUUGACGAUGUAAUUGCAGACUUUGCCAGCAAGCUGCAAAUCUUCUGAUAAUCAUACUUCAACUAAAAUACUUGUAUUGUUAUUGGCUAUUGUACUUCCGAUGCAAUUCCUGUAAGAUUCCUCCAUCUUGUGUUACUCCUUAGUGUUGGUUGAUUGAGAACCAUUCUAUUUUUGAAAGGUGUUGCCUUGCACUGUCCAAUCUGGAGAUUACAUUUGGCACUAUCUAUUUUGCAGAUGGUAUAAUGGUUUUGCUUCUAGCUCUUGCAUUUGAGAGAAGUUUGUGGGGAAGAAUAUUUGUUCUCCCAGGUAUGAGAAAAGAUGAGCGGCAAGAUUUCUGCUUCUGUGCUAGAAACUAGUUGGGCAAGUUUGCAGGUUUCUGCAGUCAGAGCUUCACUUCCCAGUUCCACCCCUGUCUCCAAGAAUAAUUAACGUGGAAUAAAAAAUUGAAGCUAGAUGGAUUUGUGAUCUAUUCAUCUGUCCACCAAGAUGGUGUUUGAAAAUUCACCUAAUACAUUUCCUUAUUUAAAACUGAGCCUGAGCUACAGCUCUAAACUAUUGUCUUCUAUCUUGGAAAAUGUGCCAAUGACUUAAAGCCAAGGGACCAAUAGUUUUAGAUAUGACUGGAAUAUGAUGUGAUUUUAAUGUAUCCAGUUAAGUAGUUGAUGUCAAAGGAAAGGAUUAUGAAGGACAUUCCAAUGGAACUCUCCAUUUUGUCUGGAUUUUAAAGAGUGGAUUCAGCCUUAACAUGGCUUAAAACCUGCCUUUGAUUUACAGUUGCAAAUCCUUUGUUCACAUAUACCUAGGGUGCUGAGGGCCUUCAGGUAAUUCAUUCUAAAACUAUGAAGACAAUAACUUUGGAAAGAAUUUCAGCUGAGCAUUUAAUGGAAAAGCAUUCCUUUUUGAAGUAGGAAGCCUUAAACUAAAAGUAGAGGCAUAUUUUCUUGAAUGAGGCAUUUAAGCUCGCAUUUGAAGUUGAGUAGGCUUGUUUACAUCCAGUCUUUUCCAAAUUCAUUGCCUAUUGAAAGUUUUUUUUGAAGUGAGUUGAUCCAAUGGUUCAACUAGAGCCGCUAAUGAGGACUAAACCUUCGUCCUUGUGACCAGUAAUCAAAUAUUAGAGGUGCUAUUUAUGUCCUGAGGACCUACUCUGUGUGGUUCUGCUACUGAAAUUCUACCAAGAGGCAAGUAUCCCUUGGCAAUUUGCCAAAAUCUUUAAGGAAAACAUGUAAAUCUAUUACUUGGUGCUGUUGGGUAUAACGGUCCCAAGAGGCAUUCCUCUGCAUCUUUUUCCCUCCCCUGCCUUGCAAACUCUGCUUACCAAAUAGGGAAAGGAGUAGUGAUCUGAGAUUCAACCAGCUUCAAAUGUUAGCUGUUUAGCAUAGUUUUGGCAGUAAUAUUGUAAAUUCAACUGUAAAAUUGCAGAAAAAAUUUGUGCAAUCCUGUUGGCCUGGCCCUUGACUGGCUAGUUGAUAGUGCAUCUUGAAGUGUUGUUUUCCAGUUUAAAAAAAUUGCUGAGAGACAAGCAGUUAGCUCUACACAACAGGAUGAUUCUGUUGAAAACAUUUGCAGUAUAAUGGUUUUUCCAGAGAAUAUGCAACAAUGAUGAUGAUGUCUGGCUUUAAAAUGCACUAUUACCUAAUGAUAUUUGCUGGCAUGAAUUUGAAGGAAUUUAAUGGUGGAUAUUAACUUCCAUUUUAAAUGCUGAUUGGAUGAUAAAACUUGAUUAGAAAAAGGGACAAGUUUUAUUCCAAAUGUUAAACAGUAAACUUGUUCAGGGCUGAGCAUCUCGACUGCAGCUUGUAAGAAGAGUUCAUUUAGAAAUGCUCAAAGGUCUUGCAACUGUAAAUUUGUUAAAGGUAAGAAUAGUUUUUUUUGGGGGGUGGGGGAACGAACAGGUCAAAUGUUAACUGUGCUUGAUUUAAUCUCAUCAAACCUGCUUUUGUACAUGUGAGGCAGCUGCUGUUUAGAUGGAUUCUACAAUGAAAUGUAAUGCUGUUUAUGCCAGGUAUUACCAUAUGCCUUAAAUGUUUAAUAAAAUGCAUACUGAUUAC